AUGCGCGUCGCCCAGCAGGUCCUGCAUAGAAGCGCGCGGGCUAUCAGCCUAUCCGAGUUUGCCGAUGCGGUUCGAGAAACAUGCAAGCCACGAUUCCCCGAGGCUAGAGGUGUGAUCCACCGGCAAGUCGCUCUCGCGAUAAGUGGCGGUGUUGAUUCCAUGGCAUUGGCCUACCUUUGCUCCCAGAUCCGCCGCUUCGAUCCUGAUAUAAAGAUCACGGACAACCCAUGUUCGGGGUUUCGGGCCUUUGUGGUUGACCAUAUGCUGCGUGGGGGGUCGACUGCGGAAGCGAAAAACGUUGCCGCAGCACUCAACGAUCUCCAUGUCCCCUGUGACAUUCUUCAGAUCAACUGGAAAAAGGAGCUCGGUGACAGUGUUGAAAUCGGUGACGUGACCAACAUCGAAAGCGUGGCCCGCAGGGCUCGAUACCGUAAGCUGGGCAAAGCGUUAGCCUUCCGUCGCAUGGCCACUUUGCUCCUUGCGCAUCACGAAGACGACCAGUAUGAAACGGUGCUCAUGCGCCUGAUGAGUGGGCAUCGUAACCGAGCAUUACGAGGAAUGCGCAAGGCAGCUGGUAUACCUGAAUGUGAGGGCCUACUUGGUGCUUAUGAUAGUGGCUGGGUUGAUGAUCAGAACCGGCAAUAUCCAUUCUACAGUACCCGACUCACUAAGAGACAACGAAAGUAUUUGAAGUAUGACCUCAGGUCAAGCAUCAAUCAAUGUGUGGAUGAAGAUCUUGACGAGAACACUAAUAUUGGAGACGAAUGCGGAAUCGGUGGCAGACUGCUGAAUUUUGACGCAUCGACCGAGCUCGGUACAAUUCCCAUCGAGGACGGAGGUGUUAAUAUCUAUCGACCGUUGCUAGAGUUCAGCAAGGACAGGCUGAUCGCAACGUGCUUGGAAAAUAAUGUGCCCUGGUUCGAAGACGCUACCAAUCAGGACCCUACUCUAACUACAAGGAACUCCAUACGGCACCUGCACAGGUCAUGCGAUUUACCAAGAGCCCUGCAAAAACCAAGUAUCAUUGCACUGUCCAAAAGCUGGCAACGUCGAGCCGAAACCCAAGAUGCCGAGGCUGAACGACUACUACAAAGGACGAUACUUCACGAUUUCGAGCCACACGUCGGCUCAUUGGUAGUCCAGUUGCCUGAUAUUCCGGCAGUGACUUCAAGACGGUACACGCGUACCGAGGAACGCUACCGGCGUCGUGUCUCACGCAUGCGUCUGAUUACGGCCCUAGCUAUACAGCGGAUUAUUGCACUCGUUACCCCCGAGCUUCAAGCCCCUACCGUUGCGAAUCUACAAAACGUCGUCUCUUGGCUCUUCCCAGGUCUUGCAGACACUUCUGAUGGCCAGACAGCAACGCCUCCUAAAGCUUUCAAUAUCGCAGGACUCCAUUUCAUGCCUAUCGAUUCUACGCCACGUCCCACGGCUGCGCUGAGCCAGUCUCAUCCACGCACUUGGUAUAUCUCACGCCAGCCAUACACGACAACCUCACCGCUUCCUACUUGGCGCGUGUCAUAUUGGUCAGCGAUCAAGCCAAGCGCGCGUACAACUCAUCAUGUCCGGUGGAAGUGGUCGGCUUGGAUGCCUUGGCAAUUUUGGGACAACCGAUUCUGGGUUCGACUAACACACCGUCUUCCCUAUCGUGUCAUAGUCAUGCCAUUCUUGUCUGAUCACACAAAAGAUUUUCGUGCAUCGUUAAGUUCAAAAGACCGUAAACGUUUGGCCAUAUUGCUCAAAAAAUUCGCGCCUGGAAAGGUUAGGUACACCCUACCAGCGAUAUAUUCCGAAGAACAUUUAGAUCUCAAGAACGUUGUUCCCCGUGUUGGAUAUCCCGUACCUGAAGAUGAUUAUAUUCCAGGCGAACUUCUGAAGAGAGAGGGGAACUCACCGCCACUAGCGCCAAUUGACCCUUCGAAAAUGAGGUUACUUGCUUUACCGACUUUCAAUAUUCAGCUGCCCGGACUUGAAAGUUGGCUUUUACAUGAGGUUCGAUACAAAAGGGCAGAUCGGCAGACAUUACGGGCUAUGACAAGCCACCGUAACAGGUCUUUUGCCAGUCGGAAUGCUGGUAGAAGGGAAAAUGCCAAGACAGUCACCGUCGGCCGGAAGGCAAUGACUCGUCGUAGUCGGCAGACUGCUGAUGAGCAACACUGUUCAACCUCAGUGGAUCAAUAA